AUGAAUUCAUCUUCAAGUACAAUGUCUUUCGUUUUAUCACAAAAAGGAAAACCAUUGCUUGUUAUGGAUGAUUAUGUAUUUAGGUUAAAUAAAAUUACGAAUACCACAAAAUAUUAUCGUUGUGAAAACAGAGAUUGUACGGCAACAGCUCACACUGAUUUAAAUAAUGUUCUUUUAAAAGUAAAUGCUAAUCAUUCCCAUGUAAUUGAACCAGAGAAAAAAGAAAUUCGUAUUUUUAAACAAAUCGUCAAGGAACGUGCCACUAAAGAAAGCACUCCUAUACCAAAGAUAUAUGAAGAAGAAUCAACAAAAAAUGAUUUUAAAAUUCUCGACUAUUGCUAUUUUACCGUCUCAAAGAGAGACGAUUCUUUGAACAAGGCGCGACGUCUUGAAACGCCACCUAUUCCUGAUUCACAGAUUUUCGGCAUUCCAUAUUUAUAUACUCGAACAAUAGAAAAUGAAGAAUUUCUUUGUGUUGAUAAAUUCAUCAAGAGAAAAACACGUAUUUUGUUAUUUGCUUCCAAUGAACAGCUUAAGGUGUUAUUUCAAAAUUCAAUUGUUUUAAUGGACGGAACAUUUAGUACUUGUCCAAAAAUUUUUGAUCAAGUGUUCACGAUACAUUCAAUUAAAUAUGAACAAUGUAAAAUCUAUUUGAUGAAUAAACGUAAUAUCUAUAUAUACAUAUUUCAAUCUUUCUUUCAUAUAGCAUUUAUAUGCGGGAUUGGACUAUUACCUGAUCGUAAAAAGUCCACUUACAGAUUUGUCUUCGAGGAACUCAAAGGUUUAGCUGUUCGAAUGAAUCUAGUUUUCAGCCCAUCCACUAUAAUUACUGAUUUCGAACAUAGCUUAGCUGACGCUAUUAUUAGUGAAUUUCCAAGUAGCAACCAAUAUGGUUGCUACUUCCAUUUUACUGAAGCCGUGUACAGACAAAUACAACACCUUGGGUUAUCUAGUGGUUAUUGUAGUGAUGGAAGUUUUCAUAAUCGUUUAAAUUUACGCGUAGCAAAGCAUCACCCAAACAUUUGGAUAUUGAUUAGAUGUAUACAAGGCGAAGAAAUUCGUUUCAAUCAUGUAUUAAUUCAGAUGAUCGGUGGUCUUACGUGUCGAACAAAAACAGCUGCUACGAAUGCCAUACAGCAACGAAUAGAUACACUGUAUUUACGUUAUCAAAAUAAUGAAAUUACUGUUGAUGAACUAUUACUCGGACUUUCUUAUGUCGUUGCAAAAAAUACAUCGGCGAAAAGAAAAAAAUAA